GUGUCACGUUUAAUAUAACCAUUGUUGAGGGUAUUUAAGAUUAAGGAAGGAUUGUCGUAAAUUCUUUAGAUUGUGUUUUAAAAGCUUGCAGUGAAAACUGAAUUACAGUUUACUCAUAUUACUAUAUGGAUUGUUUGCGGAAUUUUCCAAUCAUCAAUUAUAACAAGAUGAUCAGGUGACGAUAACAUGACGUACCAUACUCGUAUUAAUGGUAGCGGUGAUAAAGUUUAUUGAAGCAUUCUUAAGUGAAAAGUUCUUAUUUAGAUAAAAGGAUUCACUGUUAAUUAACAUGCAUAUCAAAUAUAUUGUUUUGUUCGUAAUUUAUAAUUUCCUACCUGGUGUACAAUGUCAAAGUCAUGCUACCGCACAAAAUCUGUAUUCACAUUUGUUAACAAACUAUAGUAAAAGGAUAACACCGUUAGCUGACCAUUCUCAAAAGCUUAAUGUCGGCGUGGACUUUUACCUAAAUUCUUUCAUAUCCAUCAAUGAAGUUGACGAAACCAUUUCGAUUAUGGGAGUUAUGUUACUCAAUUGGACUGACCCUGCACUCAAGUGGGAUUCCUCAUCUUUUGAUAACUUGUUUGCUUUAACCAUAGACCCAUCCGACAUAUGGAAACCUCUAAUGUUUCUAGUAAAUGUGGCAGAUGACAUGGAACCUAUUGGACAUGGAGUUACGUUUUAUUCUACUCUAACUAGCACUGGAGAUGUUUACUAUAGCCCGGGAGGAAUAAUGAAAGCAAAGUGUCCUACUAAUGUUGCAAAAUUUCCUUUUGACACACAGGAAUGUAAAUUGAUGUUUUUCAACUGGGGAAUAUCAAAUACCACAUUAACAUUGUCUGCUUUGUCUAACCAAGCGAGGUUAUAUUGGUACACACCUAAUUCAGAUUGGACCCUUCUGGAAUAUUCAACAUUUGUUGAGUUCUACAAUGAGUAUAGCACGUUCAACGUAAAAAUUAAAAUAAAGCGUCAGUCUUUGUACUAUGCCGUGAUGAUGAUUUUACCAACUCUGUUGUUCGCUCUCUUGAAUCCCUUGGUCUUCGUUAUCCCAGUGGAAUCAGGUGAACGUGUAUCUCUAGCAAUGACAAUAUUACUUUCCUAUGCCAUAUUUUUAACUUUAGUGUCGGCCGCUAUUCCAACAUCCUCAAAUCCGAUGUGCGUACUUUUAGCUGUCAUGAUAACAAUAAUUUCGCUUAGUGGUUUUAUCGUCGGAAGUGUCAUAAUGGUUUCGAAAUAUUAUUAUGAGGAAACAACAGCUGGAUUAAGUUCACCACUGAAGAGAUUUGCAAAAUGGAGGUUGGAGAAAAAACGCAAUGUUGUAUUACCGGUUAAUGAUCCUAAUAAACAGAUUAAUGAAAUAGAAGUAAAUGUAACGGGGAAGGAUGUAGCUAACGCUUUAGAUUGUGUUUGUCUGUGUAUAUUCUAUGCCGCUAUUUGUGUUUGUUUGACUGGAUAUUUCGUUUACGUUUUGAUUUAAAAGUAUUUUUGUAUCGGAAAAAUAUUAAUCGUAAAAUAAUAAAAUAUAGGAGUUUUUUUGUGACACAGAAACAAAUACAAAACUGAUAACUAA